CGAUGCAGGCGUAUCAAAAGCAUGUUAGGGUUCUUCGAGCUUUGCUAAAAAAAAAUGGACCGAUAUUAAAGCCAUAUUAUAAAGACAAAUCCCGGAUGAGACAAAUCUCUAGGUGCGAGAUUUGAACCUUCCUACGGUACCAAUUCAGAAGAUGUCUCUGGUUCAUCAGUAUUGUAUAAAGUGAGUUCCGUCGAUGACACCGUCACCAUUACACGAGUCUCCUUCUGAGGACCGGAGGCUGUGUGGACGAUAAUUGCACCGUGGGUACGGUUGCAGCGCCCUCUCUCGAUUCAGGAAAAUACUCGGCUCGCUUUGACAGCGUCUCACGUCGAUCCGAAGAACUGAGGCUCAGCGAACAGAGAGGAGAGGAGAGCUGAGCAGAAGGGUGGGGAGGGAGGAGGUUAUGCCAGCAACUGCCUGUGCGCCACGCCGGGACUCCGCGGUCCAAGUAGGCGAGCAGAAGAUGCUGCUGACGAAGUGAAGACGGACGGUAACAUCAUGGUGAGGCGCUGCCUCGUUUCCUUCAAGCCCUUCAGGAUUUUUAUGUUUGGCAUUGGAGUCUUCAGUUUGUUUCUCUUCAUAACAUCCCUUGGUGGCCAGCUUUUAACAAAGAAGAUGGCAGAAUAUCCUUUUACUAUCCGAAAUGAAGUCCUAGGCUCAGCGGAGUCUCGUGGUGUGCUGAGGAGAAUAUGUGACAUGCUGGAAACCAUCAUGAAGCGUAUUGAUACUCUUUCACGGAUGGAUAAUGCUAGUGACCUAAAGAGACUGGAAGAACUCAGUCUGGCCAUAAGCAGGUUCCAGCCAGCCAGUCUAAUGGAGAAGAUCCAAGCAAUUGCACAGAACAUGUCAAGCAUGGCUGCCAAGGUGGAUCAGAUCUUACAAAACAGGGAGGCCAUUAGUAGAGCCAAAUAUGGGACUGUCAACCAAUGUGAAGUCCCAAAAGAUCCCCGAUACCCGGAAUGCCCCAACAAAGUGGAUUGGAUGAGAGCACGGUGGACAUCUGACCCCUGUUAUGCCUUCUAUGGGGUAGACGGAACAGACUGCUCCUUUGUAACUUAUCUGAGCGAGGUUGAAUGGUUCUGCCCUCCUUUGCCCUGGAGAAAUCACACAAUCUCGUCCACUCAUAAGCCUAAGGAAAAGCGACAGGCAGCUUUCCGCACAGAUUUAACUGCACUUUUGGAACAGAUGAGCACAGGGAAGGAGUCUUUAAAGUUUAUGAAGAGGAGAAUACAUCACCUGGCCAGACAGUGGGCACAGGCAGCUAACAGAUUGGCACAGAGGCUGAAGGACAAAUGGAGGGAGCAGAAGCUGGUCCUAGUACAUGUGGGCUUCCUAACUGAGGAGUCAGGAGAUGAAUUUAGCCCUAGGGUGCUAAAAGGAGGUCCCCUGGGAGAAAUGGUGCAGUGGGCAGACAUUCUAACAUCUCUCUAUGUCUUGGGACACAGUCUAAAGGUGUCAUUUUCAGUCAAGGAGCUGCAGGGCUUUCUGGGAGUUCCACCAGGACGUGGGAGCUGCCCUUUGACCGGGCCACUGCCAUUUGACCUUAUCUACACUGAUUACCUUGGGCUGCAGCAAAUGAAACAAAAUAUGGGCUUGUCCUUGAAGAAACACAGGUGCCGGAUUCGAGUCAUUGAUACCUUUGGUACAGAACCAGCAUACAACCAUGAAGAGUAUGCUACACUUCAUGGGUUCAGGACGAAUUGGGGCUACUGGAACCUGAACCCUAAACAGUACAUGACCAUGUUUCCUCACACACCUGAUAACUCCUUCAUGGGCUUUGUGACUGAGGAGCUUAAUGAGACAGAAAAGGAGGAGACUGAGAGAGGCAAACAGCAUCGGAUGGCUGUUGCAUAUGGAAAGGAAGUGAGCAUGUGGAAGGGCAAGGAGAAGUUCCUUGAAAUUCUGCACCGGCACAUGGAAAUCCACAGCACAGUGUACUAUGAACAACAGCGCCCCCAAGAGAUACCAGCCUUUAUCAAAAACCAUGGCAUUCUUCCCCAGCUGCAGCUACAGCAGUUGCUUCGUAAAGCUAAGCUCUUCGUUGGAAUGGGGUUUCCAUAUGAGGGACCUGCUCCCUUAGAAGCUAUAGCCAAUGGGUGUAUCUUUCUGCAGCCUGGGUUCAACCCACCCCACAGCUCUCUAAACCAUGCCUUCUUCAAAGGAAAGCCAACAUCCAGAGAGAUUUCUUCUCAGCACCCCUAUGCAGAGGGUACAUUGGUAGACCCUCAUGUGAUCACCGUGGAUUACAAUAACCUGGAAGAGUUUGAAUCUGCAGUCCUGGAGAUCAUAAAAGUCAAAGUGAAGCCCUACCUGCCCUACGAGUACACAUGUGAAGGAAUGCUGGAGCGCUUAUAUGCUUACAUCCAUUACCAGGAUUUCUGCACCCCUGAUGUUCCUGUUGCUCCACAAAAUGCCUCUGAGGUGCCAAGGAGAUACUUAGUUCGUCUGCCUAACUCCAUGGCAUUUGGUUGGCCAGCGAACAUGUCUGGCCCACUUAUGUGGCCUCCACUGAGUGCCAUGCAGCUGUGGGUUUCUGAAGAGGGUCAGUCAUGUACUGAGCAGUGCCAGUACCGCAACCUAGUGUGUGAACCUGCUUUCUUCAGCCUUAUCAACAGCAAGGAUGUCUUCCAACAGUUGCAGAUCCAGUGUGAUCAAAUGGAGGUGGAGAUGAAUCAUGUUUUUCCAGGUUUCUCCUCAAGCAAGAAAAACUGUUUUCUCCAAAAAGAGCCACUGCUGUUCAGCUGUGCUGGCUUCAAGCAUAAACACCAGCGCCUCUGUCCCUGCCGGGACUUCCGUGCUGGUCAGGUGGCACUCUGCACAGCAUGCUUGUGAGAAGCUGUCAAAAUUCCCUGCCCUGCAGGAGGUCCCUCCCCACCUCUAGCCUACAACCUGACAAGAGGACAGUACAAGACAGUGGGCCACAGACAGCCCUACUCUGGACAAUCAUGGCAUGUUGAGUGAGCUGGAGUCCUCAUAAUAGUCCCUGGGGCUUGCCCUUGGGGAUCAUCAAUGGCAUUACAUGACAGUCUGCCUCGCACACGUAAAUGGCUGUGGAUGGACAACAGUGUUUGCCAGGAUGAAAAGGGGAAAUUCAGAUGUUGCAAAAAGUGCCUGCAAAGAUCGCCUGCUGUCACCCUAUGGGGCAGCACAAAGGAUUUGCUUCUGAAAGCUUAAUUAGUGCCAUCCGCAGGGUAGAGUUAUUUCAGAAGGCAUUUCAAAUCCCAGUGGCAUGCAGUGCGGCUCCAGGGCUCUCUUGUUUACUAAGACUAGAAACAUUUGACAGCAUUCUUUGAGGCUGGCUGCAGGGCUGUCUGAGUGUUUACAAUUAGUAAUCCUUUUGUACCUGCCCUUGGGCAGGUGAAUUCUGCACCCAGUGCCCUUGACAAGGCCUGACUUCAUGCAGAUCAUGAGCAGAAAAUUAGACAAUAGGCCACAAGUUAAGCUGAAUUACAAGAUCAGAGCUGGGUGCAUGAGCCAUCUUAGCUGGCUGACAAGCUUCAGUCGAGAAGUGCGUAUCAUGUCAGCUACAUGCAUACAUUCAUUUGCAUAUUCACAUGUACCUAAGUGUGUUAAUUGAGUACUGUGGUUGCACACAGUACUCAUCAAGCUGUCAUAUAAAUUUGUACGCCAUUAUAGGGUGGUCAAAGAUGUACAUACACACACACGUGAAUGCAGUCAAAUGUACAAAACACAGAUUCAUGCAGUUAUACAAACAUCAGUGCCAUUACAUGCACGAUAUAUGGACCUGUAAUCACACAGUCCAGUAACGCCUGCAACUCUACAUACUUGCUGCUCUCAUAAGCAAAAAUAACAACCAUAAACACUUGUUUUCACACACAAACACAGCAAAAGUUCAUGUUCUUCAUAUACUAUAAUGCACUCAAACAAAUUUCAGUAAGAUCACCAUACAUACAUACAUCAUGAACUUUUACACUCAUUUCAGUGCAGUGCUUGCACAUACUUCAUGGCAUUUACACAGACGCACAAUGCAGUGCAGUGUAUGCACAAAAACCUCAGUCGAUUUACACACCACGUUCUCCCAGUACAGCCCUCAUUCAUUCAUCACAGCAUUUACAGACCCACUUUUUUCAGUGCCACCCUUCCAAACACACUUUAGUGCAUUUACAUGUACACUCACCUCAGUGCAGUUCACACACACACACAUAAAUGUAAAGUGGUUUUACACACACACUCAUCUCGAUGUAGUUCUCACAAACAUGUCUGCAUGUACAGGCAUAUUCAAUGCAUUGCAGUCCUCACAUAUAUAUACAUAGAAAAGAAGCACCAUUUUAAUUCACUACCCCCAGCUCUGUUUAUUUCCGCUCACACAACUGGAAAAUUGCAACCUUAUGCCUAGGGUCUUGCGCAUAUCACCCAGUGUAGUCCUCACAAACUAAAACUGGUAUACAAAGUCACACUAACAACAGCAUAGUUUUCAUACAUGUAGAAAAUCUCUAAUCAUUUUAUAUAGUGUAAAAACACAAAGGACAAGAGAGGAGGAGUUGGGGUUCUGUCCUCAUGUAAUGUUCUGAAUCAUAAAGGAUGAAAGGAAAUAGUUAUUUUUUGACAAAGUUCAUCAUGAUGAAGGUUUUAAGCGCUGAUAUUGUCAGUUGUGGAGCAGUUUAAGUAUUUGGGAGACUGGAAUGGGCGGGACUUGCAGUGAUUGUACUGGAAGUGAUGUCAGUCAUCUUCAGGCUGCUUCUCUUUCACUCUAGAGGAAGUGGAAACCAUGUUAAGUUUGGUGCAUUACUCAUUUUCGUCCCCCAGAAACAACCCAAACCAUUAUCCAUGACACACUCCCCAGGUUCAUGCGUAUGACAAUAUAAACACGUCAGUUCAGUCUUCUACUGAAUGCACACACGCUUCAUAGUGUGCUCCGUCAAGCUAUCAAACAUGUACCAUAGUGCACUUUUUCACACAGUUUUCAUGCAUACAAACACAGAGAAAUAGUACCCUAAUCAUACUUCCAUUCAAAUAUGUGCCACCCCCUCCCCUCCCAAAUGCUUGCACAUACACACCCCAUCACAGACUUUUGCACUACUGUAGUGUCCACACCCAAAUAAAAUUCAGUGCGGUUACCUACCAUGUCCACAUAAAAGGAAAAACUACCCUUUUACUUAGUGUCAUUCACAAGUACCACCAACAGUAAUCCUCACAUUUAUUUAGGUAAAUUGCACCCUUUGAAAACAUAGUAGUUUUAAUACACACAUACAGAAAGGCCAUGCUGUUUACUAGUGCCACAAACAAAUGUUACUGAGGUGGUAUAAUCCAUAUUACUAACCGAGAAUGGUAAACCGGAAGGCACGGACCCAGGUACACGGCGAUGGACUCAGGAGACAUAGUGCGCAGGCGCCUACAGCGCGCAUCUCAUAAACCGCAAGCGAAGUCUGAUCCAUCGCGAACGAAGGAGUCACGGUUCAAAAACGAAAGAGCUCAACUAACGAAGGAGUCACGGCUCAAAAACGAAAUAGCUCAACUAACGCCACACAGAAAAGAGGAUUCUGCACUGCACCCCAGAGUCAAACGGAAGACACUACGGUGUCCGCAAAGGUCCACAAAGAUAG